AUGUCUCAACAUACCCAGAACUAUGGUAGCUCACCUGAGAACCAGUGGAUCUUCCAACCAAGCACACGAAGAGCAGCGUUUCCUUCGCCUUUUGACUCUGUUUCCAUUGACCAGAUCGCUGCAUCAAAGCCGCACAAGCAAUCCUGGUCAGACUUUGACUACCACAUUCCCGUGUCGUCAGGCAAAUACGAGCCUUUCCCCCCAAGUCCUGACUUUCCAUUCGAUAACAUCAAGUCAGACCCGCCGCCGGCUCCUGCCUAUCGUGAAUUCGAUCAUCCGGCUCGUCUGCCCCCGACGGCCCUGAGACGGGACUAUGACUUUGGCAAACCGUUCGACGAUGCGGGAAUCCUGGCUGAAGCUAGCACCCGCAGUGCUAUCGAGAAGUCCAGAAGCUCUACCCGCCAUCGCUCGCAAAGACGACCGUCCAACCGGGAUGAAUUCGAUGGCCCACAUCAAUUGUUGAAGCCUCCUCCCGGUCAUGUGAUAGCGGCCCAGACACGGGAGCUGCCACACCUGCCCACUAACCUUGAUGUUUCGGAGCAGGACGGCAUCUUGAAUGCGGUCAAUGACCGACUGUCGGAAUGUGCAUAUGAUUUCAUUGCCAAGUACCAAUUCCCAGUCCCAGUGGAAGCAGACAAGAGAACAGUCAACGGACCUACUGACCGAGAAUGGACCGAAUGGGUGUACCUUCUGAAGAGACUGGCCACCAAGCGCCGGAUUCCAGCCCGGUUGUUGUACAACGGCCAGAUCAAGCAAUUAGUUACAGUCCUGGAGAACUCCCUGGAAAUGAGGCAUGCUGCCAAGCACCAGUCCCGGCCCAUCAAGGAUGAUCGCAAUGUACUCCAGCUCAUCUCCGCUGGGACCCAGGUCGCAAAGAUCCUUAAGGAUUGUUGUGCCAUGGAGUUUAUGGACCAACUGUAUGUUGAUACAGAAAGACUUAUCCAUCAACGAAAGAGUCGCCGUGUGAAGUUUGCGCCUUGA